CAGGGGGUGGAGCCCGAGGAGGAAGGCGACCGCGACGAGGAAGAGGACGCGGCUCGGGCCAUGGAGCGGGCCGAGGCGGGGGCAGCCGGCAGCUCGCCGGGUGCGCUGGGGCCUGAGGAGCCCGGCGGCCUCCCUUGGUUCCAUGAUCAAGUGGUGCCAGCAGGAAGUUCUUCAUCUAGAGUCAUAGUACACGUGGAUCUGGAUUGCUUUUACGCACAAGUAGAAAUGAUCUCAAAUCCAGAGCUAAAAGGCAAACCUUUAGGGGUUCAGCAGAAAUAUUUGGUGGUUACCUGCAACUAUGAAGCUAGGAAACUUGGAGUUAAGAAACUUAUGAAUGUCAGAGAUGCAAAAGAAAAGUGUCCACAGCUAGUAUUAGUUAACGGAGAAGACUUGACUCGUUACAGAGAGAUGUCAUAUAAGGUUACAGAGUUGUUGGAAGAAUUUAGUCCAAUUGUUGAGAGACUCGGGUUUGAUGAAAAUUUUGUGGAUCUAACAGAAAUGGUUGAGAAGAGACUAGAGCAGCUUCAAAGUGAUGAACCCUCAGCACUGACUGUGUCGGGUCAUGUAUACGAUAAUCAGCCUAUAAACCUGCAUGACAUCUUGCACAUCAGACUACUUAUUGGAUCUCAGAUUGCAGCUGAGAUGCGGGAAGCCAUGUAUAAUCAGUUGGGUCUCACAGGCUGUGCUGGAGUGGCUUCUAAUAAAUUAUUGGCAAAAUUAGUGUCUGGCAUCUUUAAACCAAAUCAGCAAACACUCUUACUACCUGAAAGUUCUCAAGAUCUCAUUCAUAGUUUGAACCACAUAAAGGAAAUGCCUGGUAUUGGCUAUAAAACUACCAAACGUCUGGAAGCACUGGGUAUCAGUAGUGUGCGUGAUCUUCAAACCUUUUCAUCCAAAAUAUUAGAAAAGGAAUUAGGAAUUUCAGUUGCUCAGCGUAUCCAGAAGCUCAGUUUUGGAGAGGAUAACUCUCCUGUGACACCCUCAGGACCACCUCAGUCCUUUAGUGAGGAAGAUUCAUUUAAAUGUUCAUCAGAAGUUGAAGCUAAAAAUAAGAUUGAAGAACUACUUGCUAGUCUUUUGAACAGAGUCUGCCAAGAUGGAAGGAAGCCACAUACAAUAAGAUUAAUAAUCCGUCGGUAUUCAUCUGAGAAGCACUAUAACCGUGAGAGUCGUCAGUGCCCAAUUCCAUCCCACAUAAUUCAGAAGUUAGGGAUAGGAAAUUAUGAUGUGAUGACCCCAAUGGUUGAUGUACUUAUGAAACUUUUUCGAAAUAUGGUGAAUGUGAAGAUGCCAUUUCAUCUUACCCUUUUAAGUGUGUGCUUCUGCAACCUUAAAGCCCUAAAUACUGCUAAGAAAGGGACUAUUGAUUAUUAUUUAACACCAUCAUUAUCAACAACUUCACGCUCUGGCAAGCACAGUUUUAAAAUGAAAGACACUCAUAUGGAGGAUUUUUCUAAAGACAAGGAAACAAAUUGGGAUUUUCUACCAACUGGAAGAAUUGAAAGUACAAGAACUGGGGAGUCUCCACCAGAUACUACAAGUUUUUCUAAAGAAAAAGACAGUAACGAAUUUCCACUCUCCUCACUUCCUGAGGGUAUUGACCAAGAGGUCUUUAAGCAGCUUCCAGUAGAUAUUCAAGAAGAAAUCCUUUCUGGAAAAUCUAGAGAAAAAGUUCAAGGGAAAGGAAGUUUGAGUUGUCCAUUACAUGCUUCUAGAGGAGUAUUAUCUUUCUUUUCUACAAAACAAAUGCAAGAUGGUUCCUUAAAUCCUAGGGAUCAUUUAUCCAAAACCAAACAGAUAUCCUCUGUAUCUCCCUGUGAACCAGGAACGUCAGGCUUAAAUAGCAGUAGUUCCUCUUAUGUGUCUAACCAAAAGGAUUAUUCACAUUAUAUAGACAGUAGCUUAAAAGAUGAACUAAUGAGUCAAGGACCUAAAGAGUCUAAAGGAUUCCACUUUUCAAAAACAGACCCUGCUGUAUCUGUUUUCCAUUCAUUUCCAGAUUUGCAGAGUGAGCAACUUUUCUCCAAAAACUGCACUACAGACAGCCAUAAACCACCGAUGGCAACAGUCUUUAUUCAUGAAGGACUUACAGAAAAUAGAGAGCAAGAUUCUACCGAAGAGAAAGUUACUUUUCCUUCUGACAUUGAUCCUGAAGUUUUCUAUGAACUACCAGAAGAGGUACAAAAAGAACUGUUGGCUGAUUGGAAGAGAACAGGAUCAGAUUUCCACACUGUACAUAAAUAAGCAUGCUCAGAAAAAAGGGAAAGACCGUUGUUCUCAGAUUAACAGUUUAUUAAGCUCUUCUAAAUUAAAGACUAAUACUUUCAAUAAUGUAGAAACACAAUAUAAAAUGUUCCAGAUAAAGCAAACAUAGUUAUGGGAAGUAAAUUCUGGCACAAAGCAUAAAAAUGUUCAUAACAGAAAUAAUGUAAAAUAUUACCUUCCUCUUAUUUCUAAAGCUAUUUUAUAUUGCUUUUCAAUAAAAAGAAUAUCAUGGUCAGCAUUAGUACAUUUUCCAUUCAUUGUGGAAACGUCAGGAGGAAGAUAUAUAUGACUGUAUAUAAAAAAUAGAGUGACCAAAUCAUUGGUAUGCUGUACCAAAGAGCAGGUUUUUUCUAUGAACUAUGGAGUUGCUCAAGAAAUUCACCUCAUUAGGAAAUAGCUAUAAGAAAUUCUAUUGCCAACUAACCUGCUAAAAAUGUGUAUGUCUUUGACUGAAGUACUAUGUACCAUUCGAUAAGUUGAUUUAAAAACAAUACCAAAGCAGUGUAUAUUCAAUUAAUGGUUCUUUGUAUACCUAGAACCUACCACAAUGCCUGGCAUACAGAGGGUGCUCAGUAAGUAUUGAACGAAUGAGUUGUGUGGCAGAGGCCCAGCGGGGAAUUGGGCUGGGGAGUGUAUUUGUUGUAAAGAACUAGAAGGAACUCUCCAUACAAGUUGAUUAAGGGAAGGAUGACACUAGAAAUUCAAAGUGAUAGGUCUUUAAGAAUGUCAGAUAAUGGAAGAAGUCCAUUUCCUCUGGCCAGUCUGUAGGUUCUAAAAACAAUGGAUUAGGUGUGUUUUAAUCUUCUCUACAAUUUUGGAGAUGAAGAUUUGGAGAUGAGAUUAAGGAUAUCAUACCCACAACAAAUAUACACAGUGACUAAAUUGAUGGGUAUCCUAUUUCUCCCAUUGUUGUUGCGCUCCCCUUUCGCCUUCCAGAUUAGAAUCAGAUAUAAGCUUGUGGACAUUUUAUAAUUUGCAAGACAUAGAGGAUGUUUCUAGAAGACACCAAAGUGUGGGUCAGCACUGGUUUGGAGGAGGUCUGUUCUCAAGUUUAUAACCUUUCCAGAUAUAAGAAAGAAAGGAUGAUAAAAAUAAAG